AUGGCAUCUCCAAUAUUUGGAAACUAUGCAGAAAAUCAAUUGAAUACCUCGACAUGGAUGAGCAAGUAUCCCGAUUUCACAAAGCUCGUGCAUAUGAAUAUUCCGGGGACUCACGAUACAGCAACUUGGAACUAUUCUCAGACAACUCAAUCGGCACUAUCCGGUGUUACAUCAUUAGGGAAUCAAGUCCCCGAUCCACCAGAGUCUUAUCGCUGCCAGAAUAACUCUAUAAUCGAUAUGCUUGAUGCCGGGGUCCGAGUAUUCGACUUGAGAUUUGCCUUAGACGUUACCAAUACCUCGAUUGUAUUUUGGCAUAGUCAAGCUCUUUUAUCUCAAACAGCGACUUUAGAUGAUGUCCUUUUCGGUUAUUAUUACUGGCUUGAUGCUCACCCCACUGAAGUGGUUUUGUUGAGUCUUCAAUAUGAGGGUAGUACGACUGAAUAUGGAUCAAAUGAUGCUGAAGCACAACUGAAGCUAUUCAAUACUCUCACAUCACCAGCAUCAAAACAGUAUCUGGUGCAGACGAAAGAUGAGUUAGGAACUCUAGGCGAAGCAAGAGGAAAGAUUAUACUUCUCCGCCGAUUCGAUCUGGAUCAUCUAUCAGACUCUUACGAAAAUGCUUUACCUGGUCUCCAUUUCUCUCCCACUCUCUGGACCGAUAAUUCUCCAGAUAUCAAACUCAUCUAUAAUACUUCCACCAAUGGCACAGCAUAUAUCGAGGACUAUUAUGAGCCUCAGACUCCAUCUCUGUCCAACACAGCGGUGAAUAUUCAAUCAAAGUACAACGCAACCACAGCACAUUUGUUGAAAGCAGCGGAUGAAUCUCUAGCACCUGAUGGUUUGUGGUGGACUUGGGCAAGUGGAGGAAAGCUCUCAGAUGGUGUCACUCCUGAAAUUAUGGCUAUCGGUAAUGGGACGCAUACGCCAGAUGGAGGUAUCAAUCAAAAGCUGGUGAACUUUCUGGGAGGAAUGAGAGGAAAGAGGGUGGGAAUUGUUAUGUUUGAUUUUUAUGCGACACCUGGGGAUUUGGUGGAGACUUUACUAAGUUUAUAA